CCCCCAUUCAGCGACAUGCCGCCUUCACAGCUCAAAAGGCUCAAAGCCUCACUGCGGGAACAAGGCUUGACAGGCCCGCAGCAAUCCAAAAAGCAGAAGAAGUCGAAUGCGAAGAACAACGCCGACCAGCAUGCGAAGAAAGCCGCCGCCCUUGCCUCAAUCCGCGAGACUUUCAAUCCCUUCGAGUUCAAGCACCUCGCGCGCCCCAAGAAGCAUGACUACGUUACGAACCAGCCGCAAGAUGCAAAGACCAAGGUUCUCGGGCGACCGGGCGUCACAAAAAGCCAAGGCGAGGAAACACGCCGAAAGACCUUGCUGCCGGAAAUGAGCAAGAAGAAUAAAGUCGGAGGCAUCCUGGAUAGGCGUAUCGGCGAGGAUGAUCCCGCCAUGAGUCUCGAGGAUAAGAUGAUGGCGCGGUUCGAGCGCGAGCAACAGACUAAGCGGGGUGGCAACACUUUUGAUCUGGAAGAAGACGACGAUGAGUUUGGGCUCACCCACGGUGGAAAGGCGCUGGAGUUCGAUGAAGACGAUCUUGGUCAGGAGGACUACGACGCAGCGAGUGUGAGCGGUUCUAGCGAUGGGGAGGGUGGAUUCCUGCAGAAGAAGAGGCGCAGGGACUCUGAUGCUGCCGGAGAGACCGACGAAGAUGCAGAGGAUCAGCCAGAAAGGAAAAAGAGCAAGGCCGAGGUCAUGAAAGAGGUCAUUGCCAAAUCGAAACUUCACAAGUACGAACGACAGCAGCAGAAGGAAGACGACGACGAUCUGCGAGACGAAUUGGACAAGGACCUCAAUGAUGUGCUCGCGGCUCUUCGCGGACAUAUGAACAAGACGGCGUCAAAGCCAGAGCCACCAAAGGAGGCUGAAAAGUCCGACUUUGGUAUCAAUCCAGACAGAGCUGCAAUGUUGGAAGGGAGAUCACGCGAGGACGCUGACAAAGAGUAUGAUGCUCGCGUGCGUCAGAUGCUAUUUGACCAACGAUCGAAGCCCACUGAACGAACCAAGACUGAGGAGGAGAAGGCGCAAGAAGAUGCUGAGAAAUUGCGAUCUCUCGAGGAGAAGAGAAUGCGCAGAAUGAGAGGCGAACCUACCAGUGAUGACGAGAAUGAUGCUCCUCGUGGACAACAAGCUCAAGCAGAAGACGAGGAUAUGGACAGCGUUCCCGAUGAUGCUGCAGAGUUUGGCUUGGGAGCCCCUAGGGAACCUCACACCAGGCCAGAGGGUGUGGAUGACGAGGACGACUUCCUUCUAGAGGAUGAUCUUGUCGCAAGUGAUUCCGAAGCAGAAAUGGCAUCAGACGACGAAUCUGAUGAUGGUACUCAGGCCGAUGAUACCAUGGCGGCAGACGAGGACGACGAUUUCCUGCAGAGCGUCUUGCCAGAGACCAAAAAGCCACAAUCCAAAGCUGUCAAUGGCGUUCUAUCAAUCGGACCCGAAUCAUCGUCCUCGAAACUUGCCUUUACCUAUGCUUGUCCGCGCUCCCACGAAGAGCUACUCAAAGUCUUCAAGGAUGUAGCCAUCACCGACCUCCCAACUGUAGUCCAGCGUGUUCGAGCGCUCUACCACGCAGGGCUCCACGCAGACAACAAAGACAAGCUCUCCGACUUUGCAUGUGCUCUUGUCGACCACAUCUCCUACUUGUCUAAUCAGAACCCACCCUGCCCUCUCACAGUCCUAGACCCCCUCAUCCGCCACAUCCACUCCCUCUCCCGCGCGUAUCCCGCCGCAGUCGCCACGCGUUUCCGAACGCACCUCAAACGCCUCCAGAUCUCUAACGAUCCAACUCAAGGCGACCUAACCAUCCUGACUGCCAUCGGCACUACCUACCCAACCUCAGAUCACUUCCACCAGGUCGUCACGCCUGCCAUCACCCUCAUGGCCCGCUACCUUGGACUGACGACGCCUUCCUCACAAAAAGACAUCGCAACAGGGGCGUACCUCAGCGCCCUGUGUCUCUCCUACCAAACCCUCGCAAAGCGCUACAUCCCUGAGCUUAUACGCCAUACGCGCCUCAGCCUGAUGUCCCCUCACACAACGCCCUCCCUCACUACCGCCCACACCACCAAUAUCCUUACUGCAGCAACCCUCUGGUCUACACACCCGUCAUUCACUGAAAUCUUCACCCCGCUCCUCCCUGCUCUCAAAAACUCCCCACAAACCCAGUCCGCACAUACUCGCCUCACCAUCCUCCUCCGUGCGGCCCGAAACACUCGACGCCCACAACUCCUCCACAACCACCGCGCCCUGCCCAUCAAAUCUUCGAUUCCCAAAUUCGAAGAAUCCUUCGAUCCCAACAAACACUACGAUCCAGACAAGGACCGCGCCGAGGCCUCCAAGCUGCGCAAGGAGUACAAGCGCGAGAAGAAGGGCGCCAUGCGCGAGCUGCGCAAGGAUGCCAACUUCAUUGCACGUGAGAAGCUUCGGGAUAAGAAGGAGAAGGAUCGUGCGUAUGUCGAGAAGGAGAGAAGGCUUAUUGCGGAGAUUCAGGGCGAGGGUGCUAGGGAUCGGAAUGAGUGGGAGAGGGAGAAGAGGAGGGAAAAGAGCAAGAAGGGGAAGAAAUAG